AUGGUCGCGUGCGUAAUCGCGGCUGCGCUAGCUUUAGUGGUCGCAAGUCUAUUUCAUCUACUUUAUAACUAUCGUCGUGUGAGGUACAUUCCAGGACCCGUGUUUGCUGCGUUUUCGGAUCUUUGGUGGGUGAGUGUGCAGCGGUCCUCGGGCCACGGUCGACGCCUAGCCCAAUGGCAUCGGAAGUAUGGGAAAGCCGUACGCUUGGGACCGAACAUUAUUAGCUUGAGCGAUGCUCGCGAUAUUGCAAGAAUAUAUCGGGCACGGGUUCUAGAUGAGUUGAGCCGGAAUAACCAGGGGGAUCGACCGCCCGAUCAACAGGAACCACUCGGACAAGAGGACCCUGUCGCAGAAGCCAUGCGGGACACUGUUCGGACAAUCCGGCGACAUCGAAUCAUCGACCUGAGCCUGUCACUGCGUCUAUUCGCAGAUGAACUCAGGGCCUGGUUCGCUAAUGGUGCCUAUCUUUCUGAACCUAAUAACAGGCGCCAGAAUCAACCCAGUUCUUCAUUUUUCACGACAGUAGAAGAAAUGUUAUUACGAGGUCCUGUUUACAUUCUCAAAAGAGAUCGAUUCUCAUGCUAUGGUCUCUCGAGCGACGUCUCGGCGCCAGCAUACGGGCAUUAUCCUGUCCCUCCUCGCGACAUCUACAAAGACGCUGGCCGCCCUGAUGAAUCGUCCGUCAUAACCGCCAGUGUUGAAACUAUAACAGCGACCCUAGUCUCCGUAUUCACGUUUCUCCUGAGUCAACCAAGAGUCCUUCGCAGACUGCAGAACGAAAUAGACAAUAUGCCGCGGUUCUGGGACCGAACAACCGUUCCCCACUCGGGGGACAUGACAGGAGCCUUUUACCUAAACGCCGUUUUUAAGGAGACAAUGAGACUGAUCUUACUCCAAAACCACCCUACCGGUAUGCGAAUCAAAACCGGACCUCGCGAUAUACCGUUACCGUCCACACGGAUACCCCAAGGAACUACGGUGAUAUGGCACCCGUGCCUUAUCUUAGCGAACAAGUCUAUAUAUGGAAACGACCCGGCUACAUUCCGCCCUGAGCGUUGGCUUGCUGUGGAUCGGCGACAGCGCGCUUUUAUGGAAGGAUCCCUUUUACCGUUUACGGCUUGUACGCCUCAUUGCCCUAAGUUAGAGGCUGCUUGGUUACAAGCGAAGAAGGCGGUUGUUGUGCUGUUGCGGGAGUUUGACGAUAUUCAUUUACUCCAGAAUAGAGACCAGGACGUGAACUUGGAGAUUCCUAAUUCCCUCGAGUCGUCCUCCAUGUUGGUUGAGUGUCGACCCAGGGUUGCUAGAGGCAGGGGCUACUUUGGAGAGCUGGCGUGA